UUCUAGUGUAUCUCUCUCUAAUUGUGCUUAUCGUUGCCUCGGCCAAAAGCCAAACUCCAAAUAAUGCCUUGCUGCCAAUUGCUGAUGAAUUGGGUUUGCAGAUGGCUCAGUGUCCACUAAUUGACGAUCCCACUCACCCUGUUAUGUUGCCUUAUCCCGGUGAUUGCGGAAAAUAUUACGUCUGCUUUAGGCGUUUGGCAUAUGCCCGACAGUGUCCGUUGAAUUCUUAUUGGAGCCCAGUGACUUAUCGAUGCGAUUCAAAAAUGUUAUCAAAUUGCCAAAUAGAUUUGCCAAUUUACACAGAUAAUCAGGAUUUUGGGAUACAAUAUAGCCCAUAUCCAUAUCGUAGCUGUCCAGAGAACAAUGAGUGGAAUGCAGCACUUCAGCGUUGUGAGCCGUCACAAUUUUCCAACUAUUUACCCUGGAUGCAACCGAACCCAACAGGUAACCCAACAGGAAUUGUCCCCACUGCCCCCACACCACCGACUCUGCCAGCAUUGCAUCCAGAUAACUAUUUGCCCAUAGAUCAUGUUGCUAUAUGCAAAGGGAAUGCAAUAAAUACAUAUCAACCCUAUCCUGGCGAUUGCCACAAGUUUAUCCACUGUGGACCACAACCAACUGUAAUUACGUGUGCCGGACAAUUGUUUUGGAAUGUCAAAACUCAAUCUUGUGAUGUCACCCAGGUUGGCUGUCAAUGGGGACAGUAAAAACGCUGCUGAAAAUGCAAUUUCAAAACCUCUUCACAUUUAUAAAUAUAUA